AGCCGUGAACGCAGCGGUUGCGGCAGUUGACCCGGACGUGACGUCACUCGCCUUCUCCCGACAACACAGGACAGUUAGCUGUUAGCUGUUAGCUGUUAGCAUUUGUGUAGCGGGGCCAGUUUCUUCUUCACUCACUUUCUCAAAAUGGCCGAGGUUGAAGAGACUCUGAAGAGGAUUCAGAGCCAGAAAGGAGUUCAGGGAAUCAUCGUCGUCAACUCGGAGGGAAUCCCCAUCAAGACGACACUGGACAACUCCAGCACGGUGCAGUACGCCGGACUCAUCCACCAGCUGGUGAUGAAGGCCAGGAGCACCGUCCGAGAAAUCGACCCCCAGAACGACCUCACUUUCCUGCGGAUCCGCUCAAAGAAGAACGAGAUCAUGAUCGCUCCAGAUAAGGAUUAUUUCCUGAUCGUCAUCCAGAAUCCCUCAGACUGAACCAGAAGGAGCCGCUGCCUGACUCAUUUCUCUCCGUCUGUCGUUCAUGUCAAACAGACAAACUGUAUUUUCUCUCAUUAAAGGUUCAGUGUCAGAAUUUAGUGACAUUUAGUGGUGAGGUUGCAGCUGAUUACCUCCUCCGAAAAAAAAUAAAACCAUGGAGAACCUGUGAUAGCUUCAGUUGUUAAAAACUCAAAAGGUGUUUAAUUUGUUCAGUCUGGGCUGCUUUAAAAAAACACAAAAAAAACAUGGCAGCCUCUGUAGCGAGGACCUGCUGCUGGUGUAAUUAUAAAGUAUUUAAAUAUAAAGGGCCCAUUCAAGGGUAAAGAAAACAAUUCAUACAGUUUAGAUGAAACACAAGUUAAAACAUCACUUUGGUUAGUUUAUAUUCAAUUUCUGCCAAUAGACCCUUUCACCUUCACACUGAACCUUUUAAUCAAUUAGAUUUUUUUUAAUGUACUUGCUGAACAAAGUAAUUUAAAGACAAGAGGUGAAGGUGCAUUAAAACUGCAUCUGCUUUUACGACAGGAUCCGUAUUCUAGCAUUUCACUACAGUCUCCUCUCUGUGCAUCACAGGUUUUAUGACAAUGUGUUUAUCACGUAUGUAUUUUAGCACAUGGGAAAAAUACACACCUGCUAAAAUACCUCAGUCAUAAAGAAGAGAGAGAGAACCACAGCACCUCUUCAAAUCGUUUGUUUCAGUUCAAUCUUAACAAAAAUCUCUGGAACCUUAUUUAUUGUUUUGUUGUUAAAGAUGCUGAAGGGCAGAAUCUCAGCGGUAAACAGCGACCACACGACAAACACCACUCUGCUCUCGUCAUGUCAACUUCCUGUUGGUUAUUUGUUACAAAUUGAGAAAUUAAAAAAAAAAGAGAAACUAA